AUGGAGGCAAUUACAUCGAAAAGUAUAAUUUUCAGCAAACUUUUUGAUACAAAUAUAGCUAAGAAGUGGUGCAAUGUGAUUGAAAAAGGAUGUACAAAUAUUGACGAAGCUAAACUUGAUCCAAGACCAUCAACUGCGAUAAAUCCUGUCUUCGUUGCUCACGCAACAAAACUCUUCGAAGAAGAAUUUGGGGUCAAAGCCAUACCUCUGGACAUAAAAGAGAUGCAAUACGCCUUAGCUCUGUGGAAUGCCAAGUACCGAGAAAUCGGCGCUGGACCAUUAAGAAAUGAACUGUGCUACGGCAAAAAAUCGGUCAACCUUUGGCUAGAAUUGGUGAAGAGUUUCUUUCGAUGCUCGGAUCAUACUUUGCAUUUGAUUUAUUUCGGAUUAUUAAAGCCUAUGGACGACAAAAGGUACCACAAGUGCCUGGAGAUGUACAAAUCACUUCAUAAGAAAUUCGAGGCCAUAUUUGAAGAUGCAAUUUUCCUUUUCCCAACCCACUCGGAACCAGCACCACAUUACCUCAUGACUAUUCCUAAAUUCUUUAACGCUGGAUACACUGCUAUAUUCAAUAUUUUGGGUUAUCCUAUUACUGCAAUACCUGCAGGUUUGAGUGACGGGUUGCUCAUCAGUAUACAGGCCAUCAGUGGUCAAUUUAAAGACCACCUCACAGUAGCGGCAGCACAGGAACUGGACAAAGUAUUUGGUGGUUGGAUUAGUCCAUGUUCAAUAAAUGUUUAA